AUGCAAGCAGGGACCAAGGGCCAAGAGAGGCGACGGACCGUCGCUCAUAUGCUUCUCCAGUGCAAGACGCACAAGAACUCUCGGAACCAGACACUCGGCAAUCUCUCUAGACGACACAACCCCGAGGCUGCCGUGAGCAAGUCACAGCGUGACGUAGCGCAGCGCGAAACCAACAACGGAUCGGCAGUAAGCUGA